GCCUCUUCCACCUUCCACCAAAAAGGGUGCCAUUCCUUCCUGCAACCUAGUCACAUCAUCCUGCCCUCUUCACUACCACUUCAGCGUAACUGUAAACAUCAGUGACACAUCGCCUCUUCAACUGCUGUCUUUUCCCUUGUCAUCAUUUUUAAGGGAUCUGCAGCCUUGCUCUGCAACUCUCACGCUCACUUUUAACCAUGGCCGACACUGAAAUCGACACGAAGCGCGAGGAGGACCAGCACCUCGACGCGCCUGAUGAAGACGGACACGACGAGGAGGAGAUCACCGCCAUGAAGAGGCGUGUUCAGGAGAUGGAGGAAGAAGCGGCCAAAUUGCGCCAGAUGCAGGCGUCGCUCGACCGCGAGCACCACGACCUCCGCGAGAACAAGGAGGACGUAGACGCCCGCAGUGUCUUCGUCGGCAACGUAGACUACGGCGCCUCACCCGAGGAGAUUCAGGCGCACUUUCAAAGCUGUGGCAGCAUCAACCGGGUGACGAUCCUUCUGGACAAGUUCACCGGUCAUCCCAAAGGGUAUGCGUAUGUAGAGUUCACUGAGCCGAACCUUGUCUCCCAAGCUCUCGUUCUCAACGACAGCGUCUUCCGUGGCAGGAACUUGAAGGUUGUGCCAAAACGAACGAAUCUUCCGGGCAUGACCCGUGGACGGGGUCGUGGCGGACGUGGUUCCUACGGCGGCCGUGGUUCUCCCUAUGCGCGCCCAAGCUUUGGACCACCACGUGGUGGAUACCGUGGGGGUUAUCGUGGUCGAGGUGCUCCUGGCUAUCGCCCGUACUAGAUUUACCUAGAUUCGCAUAUUGAUCGUGGACUUCGGUUCUACAAGAUUGUCUGGAGGCAAAAUCAUUGGCUUGGCUGAGGCUUCUAUUUGACAUGUAUUAUAUCAGGAUGGCAACCUUGGAAGGUUCCGAAUCAGGCAAUACGGCUGUACUGCAAUCUGGAUAUGGGGGGUGUGUGCUUCCUUCAUUUGCGAUUACGCUUCAACUACGGGAAUUUCGACGAUGGGCCUAAUUGGCCUCUUCGGUAUUCAUUCAUGGGAAUCCAUCUGGUAGCCGGGCAGCAAUUGUUCAUCAAAUAGGUCUAAGAAUCUCGAGUACUAACCAGU